AUGUGGUUUUACGGGCAGUUGGUAUUGUGCCAUAAUAACGAGUCGACCGGACGUGUCACCGCAAAAUUAGCUGGACGAUCAGGGUUUCAGUUCACCCAGCUGAUGCUCAAUGCCAACCAAUACACAGAACGUUCAUUCCGAGGGCAUCCGAGAGGUUUGAUUAUUUACGGUAUCACAACAGGAGUACCAACCUAUUCGGCAGAGACAAACACGAACUUUACUAAAGAAACAAUGCAGCCUGCUGUGGCACCUGAGGAUGUCAGCAAUGUCUCAAGAACGGAAACUAGUCCAACAAGAAACACAACUUAUAAUGGACCCAACGUCACUGACUCGUCAGUUAUAAAACAAUGUCCUCUCAUCCCACCUAACCUCGCCGGUCCAUUAGUUGUCAAUAAAACUCCCCCGGAGCUGUCAGUGAUCGAGGUGAAAUUCACGGACGUGAAACCAGGUGGAAAAGGCUCGCCGUCGAAUUGUAAGCCGCGAUACAAAGUUGCCAUUAUAAUUCCAUACAGAGACCGGCCUCAGCAUCUUCAAACGCUUUUAUAUAAUCUUCAUCCUAUGCUACUUAAGCAGCAGAUCGACUAUCAAAUAUUCAUCGUUGAGCAAGAAGGUAACGGGCCAUUCAACCGCGCCAUGCUGAUGAAUGUAGGAUACGUUGAAGCGCUAAAGGAAAAAAUAUUCGAUUGUUUUAUCUUUCAUGAUGUUGAUUUACUGCCAGAGGACGAUAGAAAUCUUUAUACUUGUCCUGAACAACCACGACACAUGUCCGUUGCGGUUGAUAAAUUUAAAUACAGACUGCCAUACGCGGAUUUAUUCGGCGGAGUGUCAGCAAUGUCACGAGGUCAGUUCCGGCUGGUAAACGGAUUCAGUAAUAUGUUUUGGGGUUGGGGAGGUGAAGAUGACGACAUGGCGAAUCGCAUAAAAGCCAAAGGCCUUCAUAUAUCACGCUACCCACCUAAUAUCGCACGUUACAAGAUGCUUUCACAUAGAAAGGAAAAAGCUAAUCCACGAAGGUAUGAAUAUUUAAAAACAGGUAAAAAAAGGUUCGCAACCGACGGCUUGACGAAUUUAAAAUACGAUUUAAUCGAUAAAAAAAAAUAUAAACUUUAUACUUGGUUACUUGUUAAACUAACGCCCCCGCAGCCCAGCUGA